AAUUUAUAACUUGAUUGAUAUUUUUUAGAAUAUUUAUUCCUACUUUAAAGCGGAGAUAUCAGCAAUAAUCAAUCCAGAAUCACCUUGUUACACCGCAUGCAAGAGUUUUCAAAGAAAGGUUUUUGUUGAAGACAGCAUAGCUAACUGCAACAAUUGCAAUACUGAAGAUGCGGAAUGGAAAAUAAAGUAAGUUUUAAAUUUUAUUUAUAAAAAAAAUAAAAAUAACAUUAAAUUUUCACAUCAAGGUACCUUAUGCGAUUGGAAGUUAAAGAUCAUAUCGACAAGACAUAUGUUACACUUUUCGAUGAAGCUCGGUUUCUAACUGGUUGUUCAGCUGAAGAAUAUGUAGAUUCAUUUGAUGAAGAAGGAAAGGAGCACUUAUCACCUAUGUACCAGAAAAUGAUGAGCUGUUGCGACAAAGAAUAUCUUUUCUUGGUAAAAAUGAACAGGAAAGAUGAAGAGAAAAGAAUUGAAGGAAGAAUAACCGCUCAAGAAAUAUGCAGCCCAAACAAUUUUGAACCAAUAGAAUGUGAUGAAGAUGAAGAUUCAAAGGACAUUUCACUGAAGCGAAAGAGUAUGACAAGCCUGAAAAAAGAUAUGAACAAAAGAAAGUUCAUGAAUAAUAAAAAUAUUAAAAUAGAAAGUGAGAAGUGAUACAUCAUUUAUAGCAUUAUGAUGA